AUGUCUGACAACCCUCGUGGUCGUGGCCGUGGUCGUGGCCGUGGUCGUGGCCGUGGUCGUGGCCGUGGUCGUGGCCGUGGUGACCGUGGAGAUCGUGGUGGAGAUCGUGGUAGUGGUCGUGGUGGUCGCGGUCGUGGUGACACGGAGCUUCCUUUCCGGUCGGGAGGACGUGGUGGAGGUGAUCGAGGGGGACGUGGAGAAUUCCGAGGUGAUUUCCGGGGUCGUGGUCGCGGGGAUUUUGGGCGUGGGGAUUUCGGAGGUCAUGGUGGUAGAGGAGGAUUUCGCGGCGGUGGGAACCAAGGUCCACGAAUUUUCAAUGAAAGCCAACCGGUUCCUGCACCUGAUGCUCGGGUCGAAAAGGUCGAAAUUGCGAACGCCCAGGCUCUGACUCGGGGACGCAAGAAGGCCGCCGAUUCAGCUCGUUAUCCGGAUCGCCCAGGCUAUGGCACCCUAGGCAAGCCUGUCACCCUCUACGCGAACUACAUGCCUUUCGCUGCCGUUGGCAAACCUGUAUUCCGUUAUCAUGUCUAUAUAGCGAAGGAUCAGGGCAAGGACCUCCCGGUCAAGAAGGCCCGUCAGGUCGUGCGACUCUUGCUAGAAGAGCACUUUGCAAGCGAUAUCAAGAACAUCGCCACGGAUUACCGGUCCACGUUGAUUUCAUGUGUUGAUUUGCGCCUGGGAGGUGACGACAAGAAGUUCGAUGUGCGGUGGAAAAGCGACAAUGAGGUUGAAUACAUGGAUGAACCGAAGGUCUACAACGUUACCGUUGGCGCAACGGGCACACUUGACCCGGUGGAUCUGGUCAACUACCUGACAUCGAGUAGCGUCACCACUCCGCUGAUGCACCAGGAGCAGAUCAUCGGGGCCAUGAACAUCAUCAUCGGUCAUCAGCCAAAGACCGACCGGUCGGUGGUCACACUCAGCGGCAACAAGCACUUCAGUUUGAACCCUGCUAUUUCUGAGCGGAUGAGUCUGGGCGGCGGCCUCGAGGCCCUGCGUGGAUACUUUGUCAGUGUGCGUGCUGCCACUGCCCGCGUUUUGCUGAACGUUCAGGUCAAAUAUCUAGCCUGCUACCAAGAAGGCCCUCUGCCCAUGGUGAUUGGAGAGUUUUUGCGCACAAAUCCACGCAACCCUUACCGCCUGGAAUUCUUCUUGAAGCGCAUGCGUAUUCGCGCCAAUCAUAUUGUGCGCAAGACAAGCAGUGGCAAGUCUCGCCCUCCCGCUGUCAAGAGUAUCGCGGGAUUGGCAACACCUGCCGAUGGUAAGUCCAGCGUGAACCCCCCUAAAGUCGCGCGUCACGGUGCCGGUCCUUUUGAUGUGGAAUUCUUCUUGGAAGCACCCGGUUCGCAACCGCCAGCUGCGCAAGCUGCGCAGCCCGGGGGCAAGGGCAAGAAGGGAAAGAAGCCCGUCAAGGCAGGCCCUGCCCCCGCUGGCCAGUAUAUCUCUGUCGGUGCUUAUUUCAAAAGAGAGUACAAGAAAGACUUGGACCCUGACAUGCCUGUGAUCAAUGUUGGCAACCGUCAAUUCCCCAUGUAUCUCCCUGUGGACGUAUGCAUGGUCGAGCCUGGCCAGCCUGUUGGAACCAAGCUCUCCCCCAACCAAACAUCUGACAUGCUCAAGUUUGCCGUUAUGGGCCGUAAGCCUGCACAAAACGCCCAGUCCAUUGUGAAUAAGGGUGCGGGCUUGCUAGGUCUGGAGCCGCUGAACGCGACGCUGGCUGCCUUUGGUGUCCGUGUGGACAACAACCUUAUUACGGUCCACGGCCGUGUCCUGCCACCUCCCAAGAUCAUGUAUGCCAAGCAGAAGGAGAUCAUGACUAUGGCUGGCUCGUGGAAUAUGAAGGCCAUCCAGUUCUCCAGGCCUGUGCCUCUGAAGAACUGGACGUACCUCUACGUUACUACGAAACGUGCAAGGACAUACUGGCAAAACCUCGCAGCGAUGAUGGAGUCUCUGAGGAAGUUCACCUCGGUGCUCCGAACUAUGGGCAUCGAAGCUGAAAUGCCCAAGGAGGGACAGCGCGUUGUGCUGACCGGCAGCAACGGAAGCGACACCGAGGUCAUCGAAAGGGCUGUCCGCCAACUUCAAGAUCGCUAUAAGCCUUCAAUGAUUCUCGGUGUUCUUCACGGUAAGGACACGACCUUGUAUAACACGAUCAAGCAGGUGUGCGAUGUGCGCUGCGGUGUGCGCAAUGUCAAUGUCCAGGCUGAGAAGCUCGCUGUCGCGCAAGAUCAAUACUGCGCGAACGUGGGCCUCAAGAUCAACCUUAAGCUUGGCGGCGGUAAUCAGUCCCUCCGAAGCUCUGAUCUUGGCCUGUUCGGAAACAACAAGACGAUGCUCGUUGGUCUUGAUGUCACCCAUCCCUCGCCCGGCUCUUCCAGCAACGCACCUAGUGUCGCAGCGAUCGUGGCAUCCGUAGACUCUACCCUCGCACAAUGGCCUGCCGAGAUUCGGAUCCAGGGUUCGCGCAACGAAAUGGUUGCUGACCUUGACGCUCUCAUGCAAUCUCGCCUCAAGCUUUGGGCCAAGCACAACAAGAACAAGUACCCCGAGAACAUCGUCGUCUACCGCGACGGUGUCUCCGAGGGCCAGUAUAACCUCGUGCUCGACAAAGAACUCCCACUCCUCAAGCGUGCCUGCGCCGCCGUCUACCCCGCCGCUGAAACCAAGCGAGGCCUCCCAGCCAUGUCCAUUAUCAUCGUCGGCAAGCGCCACAACACUCGGUUUUACCCGACCUCCGAUGCCGACGCGGAUCGCUCCGCAAACCCAAUGCCUGGUACUGUGGUCGACCGUGGCGUUUCAGAGUCCAAGUCCUGGGACUUCUUCCUCCAGGCACACUCCGCACUUCAAGGAACCGCUCGCCCAGCUCACUACUUCACCAUCUGGGACGAGAUCUUCUACCCCCAGCACCCGGGUACUAACGGAGCCCGAGGUGCAGCGGACGUUCUCCAGGAUCUGACGCACAAGAUGUGCUACCUUUUCGGUCGUGCGACAAAGGCUGUUAGUGUAUGCCCUCCUGCGUACUAUGCGGAUUUGGUCUGUACCCGUGCGCGCUGCUACCUGAGCGACCUGUUCGACCCGAGUUUGUCGAACCCAGAGGCGAGUGUUGUAGGCACUGAGGGGGCUGGACAGGUGGGUGGUGAUGAGAAUGUUCUUAUUCACCCCAAUGUGAAGGAUACGAUGUUCUACAUAUAG